UCACUCGCAGCCAGCCAGCCAGCUGUAGCGUUGCAGAAUGGUCCUCGUUGCAGAAGUGUCUAACCAAUCAGAUUGUCUCUUGUAUCUCCCAUACCGUCCAUCCAAUCAAAGUGCCUUGUGAUCGUGUCUUGUACCUCGUGGAGAUCGUGCCAAGGGGAGAUCGUUCAUAGGGUCGUGUUGGAAUUGUUAACUUGGUGAAUCACUUUUUCAGCAUUUACCCUUUAUUCAAGGCUGGAAUGGCGGAAGAACCAGGAGACAUACAAGGUGAAAAUGAGAGUUUCUGUCUGUCCUCAAAAAGUGGGUAUGCAAAGGUUGCUGCUACUGUCUUACAGCUCUUUGACUGCUACUCGUCUUAUAGAGACGACAUCCCCACUGAUGAGGUGGAAUGCCUGAAACUGUUUUUUCAUGCCAACAAGAGGCGGUUCUUUGAUGGGCGAUGCACUCAACGGCCAAUAUUUCUGUUGUCUGUGAGCUCUGGCAUCCUCGACUUGGAUCCUAAUGGCCUUCCAAUCCUAUUGAUCCAAGCAUACUCCAGCAAGAAAGUUGUCUCUGUAAAGCAAGUUGUCUAUGCUGAGCUGCUAGAAUCCACUCUGCAAUCCCUCCAUGCAAUUAAAGGAGUCCAUGGUGUCUCAACAUGCCUUCCUGGUGGAGUAAAUGCCUUGAGUCGCCUUUUCAGUAAGAGUUUUUUUUAUAAAGGCUCUUUCAACGAAAUACGAAAAUUUGUGUCUUGCUGUCAGUCUUGUCAAGUCAACAACCCCUUGCCUAUGACAUCCAAAAAGCCCCCUAAAGCAAUACGGACUUUUCGUCCCCACCAACGUCUACAAUGCGACCUGAUAGACAUGGCACCAAAAAAGUCAAGGGGUUUUAUGGCCAUCAACCAGUGGAACUACCGCUACAUCCUCACUGUUAAGUGUUGUUUUAGCAAGUUCUGCUGGAUCUUCCCAACCGUUGGAAAAUCAGCAGAGGAGAUAACCUCUAUCUUAAGACCCCUUUUUGUUAAGGAGGGUCCCCCUGCUAUUCUCCAAAGUGACAACGGCGGUGAAUUUGUGGGAGAUGUGGUCAAAGUCCUUGCAUCACACUUCAAUGUCCAUCUUGUGCAUGGUAGACCACACCACCCUCAGUCUCAAGGUCAAGUAGAAAACUUGAACAAGCAGGUGAAAAGGUACCUCGCUAGGUUUCUACAGCCCCUACCAAGAGACGAGCAAGGUGCUGUCUGGCCUCUUCUCCUUAGUGGAGUAGCUGAUUUGUUAAACAAAAGCUGGCACUCCACUAUAAAUGACACACCAUUCAGGGUAUACAAGAACAGAGAGCCCUCCCAUCUAGUCCCCGAAGAUUCUGAAUGGUUGGCUGGCGCUGAUGAAGAAUGUUCUGAUGACUACGUGUUUAAUGAAAAUGACUUUUCUGAACUCGAAGCUUCACAGAACAUGAAUGUUUCAAACAUAGAUGGUCUUUGUAAAGAUGUGUCAUCACUGACUUCGGAAUCCAUCAUUGCCUCUUCCCUUGGUGUUGCUGUUGGUCCUUUCUUUAAUAUCAGGAAAGAAAGUCUAGAGUGUGAUGCAGCCCCCUCUCCCUCUUGCUCAUCUUUUGGUGAUAUUGAAAGCUAUGGCAUCUCUGAGCUUUCCCUAAAUGAAUGUCUUGGUUGCUUUGCCAGUGAUUGCAAGAUCGCCAAGUUUGAUGUGUUGGAAGCGACUGAGCACACCAUCCAUAGGAAUGUCCAACGCUCACUGAAGAAUGUGAACAAGCCACCCCUCUCUAAUAAGCCACCCUUCUCUAAUAAGCCACCCUCUCUAAUAAGCCACCCCUCUCUAAUAAGCCACCACUUUCUAAUAAGCCACCCCUCUCUAAUAAAAGUCACCUCUCUCUAAAAGCCACACCUCUCUAAUAAGUCACCCCUCUCUAAUAAGCCAGCCCCUCUAAAAGCCACCCCUCUCUAUAAUAAGUCACCCCUCUCUAAUAUGCCACCCCUCUCUAAUAAGCCACCCCUCUCUAAUAAGCAACCCCCUUUAAUGAGCCACACCUCUCUAAUAAGCCACCCCUCUCUAAAAGCCACUCCUCACUAAUAGGUCAACCCUCUCUUAUAAGCCAUCCCUCUCUAAAAGCCACUCCUCACUAAUAGGUCAACCCUCUCUAAUGAGCCAGCCCUCUCUAAUAAGCCACCCCUCUCAUAAGCCACUAUAUAAAUCACUAUAUUCCCCAAGUGAUAUGUUUGGAGUUGAUAUCCAAUUUUACACGUGUAAAAUUAGAUACAAUUGGAUUGAUUUUUUAAGGAAUAAUCGGAAUCGGACAGCAAUGUAAAACUUGGGCAGACAAACGAAAUGUCAUACAAAUAAGAAAAAGACCAUUACGUUCCCAAGAUUUUAAAUAAAACGAGUCACAGUCACAUUAUAAACUGUAUUUUAUUUCUUUUGUAAACAAUGUUUGUUUUAAAAUCAGCAAAUCCCAAACUCAUAAAUAUACAAUUAGAUGCAAAUGUUCGAAAUGAAAUUAAGCGGGUCAAGGGGGGAGGAUGUGUUUGUUUUUUUGGAUGGGCAGACAUCAGCAAAAAAAAAAAAAAAAAAAAAGAGACUGUAGCGGAUCUAUUAAAAAUUAUACUAAGAUUACUAAUCCUGGUAUUUGACAACAAAAUGACCGUGAAUUGCACAAUUUUUAAAUUAGCUAGAAAAAGGGCGAUACGUCCCGACUAAUCGGAUGAUGCGGCAAAAAAGAAGCGAUUUCCAGCGUAUAAGUUCUUCCAAAAUUUCAAAAUGUAUUGGUGCAGAUUUGACAAUUCAUAGCUUCAUCAUCCUUUUCAUCAUCGUUUUCAAACUGUCCAGGCUUCGUGCAAUAAAGUCGAAAAUAAAAAUAGCCGACAUAGAUGACACGCCGCAGAUGCUUUUUCUUAGUAAGCAUUUUGUAACUUCCCUUGUCUUAGCUAUAACAUAAGAUAUGACCUUUUAAAGAUCUUCCAAGCCUUGUGCUCUGCUUGAACAGGUAUUUCAUAGUGAAAUAUUGCACUAGUGAAGAUCUCAAAACUUGCUGACAUUUGUUACGUUUGCUGACAUUUGUUACAUUUGCUGAUAUUUGUUACAUGAAAAUAGACAUAGCCAUACUCCACACCCCAAUGUCAUUUUGGAACGAGUUUGUCUUUCCUGAUCACACAUCAUAUUACGCUGCCGAAAUCUUUAAACGUGAUUAUAGUAAAAGAUUCGGUGGUAUAAAACUGACUAUUUUUUUUUUUCAAUAUUCCCAGUACGUGCUAAUGGUUUACAAAAAAGAUAUACCCGUAUUUUCGCCACAAGCGUCCAAAAUAGCUUAAUCCAAAAAAUAUAGGGUUAUAAACAUUUCGUUGUAUUGCUGUCUUUGUUGAAAUAACAUGCAGUUUCUAGCCGUGAGGCGACUCAAUAGUCUCUUAGCGCGUUCUUCCAGGAGCUUCAACAUUAUUCUUUAACAGUAUCUACUGCUCAUCCUACCUAAAUAAUAUGGAAUAUUGAAUAGUACGGUAACUACAGACCUGUGCCACAUUAUUCCAUGCUGAGGCCAGGAGGGAAUACACCUUUUCAUAGACUAGGUAAUUAGUUGUCGUAGAAGGCAGUUGAUAACAUUAACUGCUAUCCCUUAGAGUUUAGGGACCACGCCCUUUCUCUGCCGCAUAGGUGUCAAAACUUAUAUUGGCCACACGUAGGAUAGAAUUCUGCUAGGGAGACCCCUAUUCAUCCCCCCCUUAUGAGACAGGUUUGGCUUAUUAGAGGGGGAUGGCUCAACAGAGAGGGGUGACUUAUUAGAAAGGGAUGGCUUAUCAGAGAGGGAUGGCUUAUCAGAGAGGGCUGGUUUAUUAGAGAGGGGUGGCUUACUAGAGAGGGGUGGCUUAUUAGAGAUGGGUGAUUUAUUAGAGAGGGCUGGCUUAUUAAAGGGGUGACUUGUUAGAUAGUGAUUGCUUAUUAGAGGGGUGACUUAUUGGAGAGGACUGGCUUGUUUCAUAAGGUUGGCUUAAUAGAGAGGGUGGCUUAUUAAAUAAUGCACUCUAUGCAGCCUAACAGAAGGUGCACACUGGUAUGUAAAUAAUGUAAUACUAGAAAUUUUGCCAAGGGGUGGGUUAAUAGAGUCGUGGCUUGCUAGAAAGGGAAUGCUUAUCAGAGGGGCAGCUUAUGAGAGAGCUAUGUUUUUUUAAAGAUGGCUUAUUAAAGAGGGUUUGCAGAAAGGAAGGGCAGAUCAUUGAGAGUGGGGGGGGGGGCAUAUUAUAGAGGGGGGAUUAAAGGGCAGCAUAUUACAGUAGGGGAAUGUUGAUUUGGUUAGUGAACAGCUGCUUUAGGAAUAUGUUUCAUUGCCAUUCAGAGACAAUGGAGUCACCAAGAAACAUGUGAUUUAUUGAAAGAUUAUGCAAAUAAAUAGUUACAUAACUACAACAGAACAUUAUAAGCUAUGAUGUGACAAAGGUUGCUUCAGUAAUCAAAUUUGGAAAUCCAUCAUGCCUGCUGAAUAGAUGGACAAAGGUAGUAUAAGUCAAGUAUAACAUACAAGUGAAAAUCUCUUAGAGCUUGAAAUAUGUAAAACAUGUGAAUUCUUCAUGAUCUCGAUGUUAUUUGUGAACCAAUAAUCUGAAACUUAGGCUCACUGUCUUUAUAUGUGUCCUUAAUUCCAAUGGCACAGUUGAAUUCAAAACUGGACUACUUGCUUGGUGCCGCCAUUGAAUAACAAAAUUUGACACUGCCUGAAAUAAAUAAAAAGGGAAUUCCUCUGCAGUAUUUGGGCAAUAACCAACUGUGAUGUGUGGACAACUGCAGUGCAAUGACUUGGUCAGGAUGAGAUAAUCAAGGUGGUGAAGCCCCUGUGACAAAGAAAAAUCAUUGUAACCUUGUAUUACAUAUUACAAUUGAGUCAAGAGAACAUGUUGAAGAUGUUAGAAAUUCAUCUUAAAAACACUAUCUGGGCAAAUGAGGAAUAGCAAUGUCAGAUGAACGUAUAAGAAGUAGCCAAAGACAAAGUUAAAAAAAACAUGU